AGUUGAGGUAAAUGCUAUAAAUAACCCUCACAAAUGGUCAUGGUUUUGUACACAGCAAUUAUCAGAAAUAAUUGGUAUAUUUCUCUGCACCGAAUUCAGGAGUCUGUGCUUCAAGCAAUACAAGAGGUAAUACAGGCCAUAACGAGCGUUAGGAUUUUUCAGGGCAGUCUGUCGGAUUUGUAAGUUGUAAUCUGUGUGAGAUUCUCUGCAGCGAAUUCAGGAGUCUGUGCUUCAAUCAAUACAAGAGGGUUUUGAAAUAUUCAAAAGAAGAGAGUUGAAAGAGAAAUGCCGAGCAGGCCCGGGGGUCCUGUAACGCAAGACUGGACGCCUGUAGUCUUGCACAAACGGCCUCAGAAAUCGAGUGAAUCGCGCGAUCCAAAAGCUGUAAACGCUGCACUGAGGGCUGGCGCAAAGGUUGAAACCCUAAAGAAAUUUGACGGUGGGCAGAACAAGAAGACGCAACAGCCUGUUGUUAAUGCCAGAAAGCUUGAAGAGGAGACCGAACCAGCCGCGCUUCAGAAGAUUUCGCCGGAGGUUCGGCAGGCUAUUCAGAAGGCUCGACUUGAGCAGAAAAUGAGCCAAGCUGAAUUGGCGAAGCGUAUAAAUGAGAGGCCUCAAGUUGUUCAGGAGUAUGAGAGUGGGAAAGCUGUGCCAAAUCAGGCUAUUUUGUCUAAGAUGGAGAGGGCUUUAAGCAUAAAACUUAGAGGGAAGAUUUCCAAGUAAAAGACCGAUUUAGCUGUCAUCAACGAAAAAUUUAGUUGUAGGAUCAGCGUGAAAUCUUAGAUCUUUGAGAACGGAUGUUCCUCUUAAUUCUGUGAUAUUUUCGUCUAGGAACCAACCGAUCGUUGCAGCUAUGCAAAGCUGAUGAUUAGUUCUGUUAUGUGUAAGCCAAAAUCUUUGAUUAAAAAUGCCUAUGUGAAUAUAAUGGUUGUCAAUUUAUGGUUAUCAAUUUUACUA